AUGGAACAAUUGAGUGAGAUCGAGCAGGUACUUGUCCAGAAAUCCAAAGAUGUUAUGAAGAAUGCCUACUGCGCAUACAGCAAGUUUCCUGUUGGGGCUGCCAUACUGGCAGAGGAUGGAAGUGUGAUUUUGGGAGCAAACCACGAAAAUGCCUCAUAUGGAGGAACAAUAUGUGCAGAACGUUCAGCAAUGUGUGCAGCGCUGACUGCAGGACACCGGAAAUUCAAAUCAAUUGCCAUUUGCACAGAACUACCUGAUCCCGCAUCUCCAUGUGGACUAUGCCGUCAAUUUUUGAUUGAGUUUGGAAAUUACAAAGUAAUUUUGUGCUCUUCAACAUCCGACAAACUGAUGGUUACUUCGACCAAGGAACUCUUGCCCCACGCCUUCACUCCAGCAAGCUUGGAUGAAUUCGAAAACAUGAAAGCCAACAAGUAA